AGAUAAUAUAGCAAUGUCUAUACAAACUAAAAACACAAAGAGAAAUGAAUUAAACUCAUCCUAUCAAGGCCCUCCUGGACCUGCUAGUUACAAUCCACAAUUAGAUUCUUCAUAUACGAAACCCCCAAAAUGGACUAUCAGAGGAGGGAAUUAGAGAGAAAUUUUAGUUUAACAAAGCCUUCCAGGACCUGGAUAGUACCACCCUAAAUUGCCAGAAUCAUAGAAGAAAACCCUCAUUCAUGGAAAGUCAUAUCAGUUCGACAAAGAAGAAAGUUAUAAACCAGGACCAGGAGCUUACAAAAUAGAAGUGUCUUAGUUAUCAAAAAUUGGUUUUAGAAUAGGAAGCUAGAAACGAUAUAAAGAGGAUUAAAAAAGAUCCCCUGGACCCGGAGACUAUGAAAUAAUUUCUAAAUCUAAUGUGCCAUCUUUUAAAGUUGGCAAGUAAUCUCGAUCAGAGAAGAAAGUGAAUAAUACUGUAGGACCAGGGUAAUAUAAUAUGCCUUAGUUAAUGAAAACUGAUGCUGGCUUUAAAAUACUUCCAAGAAGGGAAAAAACUAUCUAAAACAUUACUCCUGCCCCUAAUGCAUAUGAAAUUUAAUCAUAAGAAAGAGUGAAAUCGUUUAAGAUUGGAACAAGUAAAAGAGAUGGGAUAUUUAACAAAUCAAUAUCACCUGGUCCUGGUGACUAUUCAGUUGAGAUCGUAAAGGAAUAAGCAGGAUACUCGAUAGGCAGGAGUUAACGAUCAGAUAAAAAGAUUGAUUCAAUUCCUGGUCCAGGCUAUUAUAAAUUAGUUAAGCCUAGUAAUGCACCAAAAUACUCAAUAUACGAGAGACAUAGGGAAAAAUCAGAAAUGAGUGGACCAGGACCAUAAUCAUACACAAUUGGAGAUUUUAAGGAUACUAAGAGAGUGAUAUUUGGCCAUGCAAAACGUGAUAGUUAUAGUAGAUUAAUAGUUCCAGCUUAGGGACCAGGCGAAUAUGAGACUGAUGUAAAAUAAAGAAAGCCACAUGUGAGUAUCGUAUUUGGUAGGGAGAAGAGAUCAUAAAGUUGUUCAGAUCAUACCUAGAUACCAGGCCCAGGAUAAUAUGAAAUAUCAACUACUUUUUAUGUGAAAAAAAAAUGA